AUGGCCGGCUCUAUCCAGAAGAACGUCGUCGUGAUCGGAGCAUCCGUCGCGGGCCACUCGUUCGUCAACGCCCUCGCCGACAAGCUCCCCGCCGACCACCGCAUCCUCCUCGUCGAGCGUAACGGCUUCACCGUGCACCUCCCCGCCGUGGUCCGCGCGCUUGUUGUUCCCGGCUGGGAGUCCAAGAACCUCACGGCCGAGGUGACGCAGGCGUCCAUCUUCAAGAACGGCUCGCGCCACCGCGUCCUCUCGCCCAACUCGGUCGUCGAGCUCAAGAAGACCAGCCUCGUGCUUGAGCACCCCUUCGAGGGCUCGAACGAGGUCACGUUUGUUGUGAGUCGGUGCAACGAGACGCCCACACCACCGCCUCCGCUGACGCCUCUUCAGAAGGCCAUCAUCGCCACGGGUGCCUCGCAGCCCCUCCCUAUGCGUCCUACCCCCGGCUCCACGCUCGAGGGCUUCAAGACCGACCUCGUUCGCAUCCAGAAGCACCUCAAGGCCGCCAAGUCGAUCGCCAUUAUCGGCGGCGGCACCGUCGGCACCGAGGUCGCUGGCGAGAUCUCCGAGCUCUACCCCAACAAGCAGCUCACCAUCGUCCACUCGGACAAGGGCCUCCUCCAGCCCUCGGGCAUCGCCUCGACCGCCAAGGAGGUCUACUCGCCUCCCCCUACCGACCGCAAGCUGUCGGUCGCGCUCGAGAAGACGCUCAAGCAGCGCUCGGUCAACGUCGUCCUCAACGACAAGGUCGUCUUCCCCUCGGGCCCCGUGUCCGGCUCGGACUGGGACGGCACCUCGGGCCCCCAGGGCGGCGUGCGCAGGCUCCGUCUCCAGUCGGGCAAGUCGAUCGAGGCCGACUACGUCUUCGUGUCGAUCGGCAACACGCCCAACUCGGGCCUCGUCAAGGCCGCCGACCCCACCGCGCUCACCAACAACAACUACAUCAAGGUCAACUCGUACUUCCGCGUCCUGCCCGGCUCGAGCUCGUCGGUCCUCGCGGGCGAGUACUACGCCAUCGGCGAUGUCGCCGCCGUCGCUGGCUGGAAGACUGCUGUUGCCGCCGCCGCCGAGGGGCCCGCCCUCGCUGGUGUCAUCGAGGCCGAGAUCAAGGGCAAGAAGCCCAAGGCCUACUCGCCCCCCGCGGCCGCUCCCCUCGUCGUCUCCCUCGGCACAAAGGAGGGCUCGGGCUACCUCCCCCUCCCCAUCUUCGGCAACGUGACGGCCCCCGGCUUUGUCAUCGGCAUGAAGACCAAGGACUUCUUCGCCGGCAAGUCGUUCUACCCCCGCUUCCAGGGCGCCCAGAAGAUCUCGGCGUGA